AGCGUGCGCGGUUGGUGUGGCCGAGCUCUUCAACGCCUGGUCCGACGGCCGAAGAGACUUGCCCAGCCGUGGUGUUCUGCCGCCGUGGUCGGUGGUUAGGUUCUCCGCUGCGCUCCAGACCUUACCUCCCCCCUUCCCGGGCAUGAGGUGACCUUCCCUGGCGUCGCGAACACCUCUUUGACCUCUGCCUUCUCUGUCUUCGCCGUCGAGAGGAGCCCGCCUCCGAGGGAAUCUUCCUCCGCCCGUCUUCGGCGCGUCGUUCCCGACAGGCUCAGGGACGUCAGAGAAUGACGAGGUUAAGGCUGGCCAUGCCGUGGAGCCUACUGGCGGGGUUGGUGCUGCUGUCGGCCACUGGCGAAGCCCUCAAGGGCAACGUGCUGGUGCUCAACAAGCUGAGGUCCAAGCCAGACGACACCCCUGCGCCCUCCCCCGAGGACAAGGGGACGACCGAAGAGGCGGCGGGCAACGGCACGCUGGCCGAGGCGGCGGCGACCAACAGCACCUCCGGCAAGCCGGCGCUGACGGGCAUCCCGCAGCUCGACUACGUGCACGACCCCAACCUGCCGCGCGAGCUCAACGGCUUCAACCUCAAGGACUACCCGUUCUACGACCGCGUGCCCGAAGAGAUGGACUUCAAGUGCGACGGCCUGCACGACGGCUUCUACGCCAGCGUGCUGCACAAGUGCCAGGUUUACCACCACUGCCUGUUCGGAACCAGGUACGACUUCCUCUGCGCCAACUACACAGCAUUCGACCAGAAGACCUUCAUCUGCCACUUCGUGUCGGAGGUGGACUGCGUGAACUCGCCCAAGUACUUCAGCAGGAACGAGGCGCUGUACAAGGCCGCCUCGACCACGACCCUGGCGCCGCUGACGAGGGCGACGCUGCCUCCGCCGCCGCCGCGACGCCAGCCGGACCCGGAGGAGGCGGGGGCGCCCGCCCCGCGCCGCCGCCGGCCCUACCGCCGCCGGCGCCCCGUCUACGACUACGUCUACGACGACGAGUACGAGGACGACCUGGCGGACUACGAGGAGGACGCUGUGGCCACCCAGGGACGAAGUUCCUCUGUUCGCUCCCAGCACCCCGCCGCUGACGACCAACCUCGCAGGAAGCGACCUCGACCCCAGCAGCGGCCCGCCGCCGGCCAGGACGACCUGCCGUCGGGACCUGCGGCCGACCUCAAGCCGCGGCCUUCCAGCUCGGUGUACGACCGGCCCCGCAUGGCGCCCAAGAUACGCCGCCCGGUGCCCCUCAACGAGCGGGACAAGUACGAGUACAGCAAGAACCCCAACAUCGUCACCACCCCUGCCGGCGCCGAGGCGAGCGCGCGGCCGAAGGCUCAGCCGGCACCUUCCGCCCCUGCCCUGGAGGACGACUACUACUACGACGACGAGGAGGUCGUCCAGCCGAGCAGAGGCGGUUCCCGGACGAGGCCCGCCCAGGAGUACUACCCCGACGAAGGAGAGAUCGAGCGCAGACCGCUGAAGGCCGGAGGAGGAGGAUCCCCCAGAAGGAACGUCGGUCGCGCCGGCUCGAGGAAGCGAGUCCCCAGCGCGGCGGCGGCGGCGGACGCCGACACUCCGUACGCGACGCGUCACGAAGCUGAGGAAUACGACGAGUUCUACGACGAAGCGCCCAGACGUGUCGUGAGGCCCUCGGGUGCGAGGAGAAGGGUGAAGGACAAUCUGAGAGACGAGGAGGAGUACGUGAGGAGACCGGCUCAAGCCGGUGGGUUCAAGUCGAGACCGAGAGCUAAGCCUCAACGGGUUGAACCUGAAGAUUACUACGUGGACGAGGAUCCAGUACCAGCGGCUAGGCCGGCGUUCAUUAGUCGUCCGCAAAGUAAUCGCGAUGGGUACUCCAACAGAAGACGACCCCAGCAACCGGCUGACACAACUGCGGCAGACUACGUACCACCGAGGUCUCAAGCGGCUUCCGACUACAAAAGACCAGCUGGCAGGAAACCUUCUUCGUCUAGUCGUUAUACAACUGGUUAUGGGUCUGAUGCUGAGUACUACGACGACACGGAAGAUCUGCCAGAAGAGCCAGAGAGCUACAGAAGCCACCCAAAGCAGACUGCUCUUCCUGCACGUAGCACUUCAUCCGGCAAUCAGUACCAAGCGGCCGCCAGAGAGGCCGACAGUGUUCCUACUGCUCCUAAAGCGAGACCAUAUGCAGCAAGCAGCAGGUCCACUAGUUCGAAUUCUCCUUCGUAUCAACCACUGGCUCCGCAGUACUCUUCGGGUAAAUCGCAACCAGCCAGAAACUAUCCUCUAUCAUCUCUGAUUGAUGCUGAAGACCACCCUCUUCAAAAAACUUCGGUCUAUCGUGAGAAGGCAAUGGAGGAAGACAGAGAGUUGUCUCCAGCCCUGCGAAGAAACAACAAAGUUCCAACAAGGGAUUCUGAACCUAUCGAACCACCAGUAAUACUAAUGCCAAAAGGUUUUACCCCUCAGUCCAAUAUUAAACUUGAAGAAAGUCGAGCAAAUACCAACCCAUCAAGAACCAUCCCAUCUUAUAACGGUGACGAGUCUCGCAGAAGGUUGACAGCAGAUUCACCAUCAUCUGGACCUUCAUCAAAGUUAACUGGCUCGAACAGCUACCAACCCAAAGUUAUACCAUCAAGAGAUACUGUCAGCAGAACAUCCUUUGGUAAGUACCGAAGUUCCAGUGGAGACACUGAUUCAUUACGUAUUGCAUCUCCCGUCAUAGACAAAACCGCGGCGAAAGGAGCAUCUCCCAGGCCAACAACCCCACAGAAUUAUAAUAGUAACAAGACAUCUGCAGAUUAUCCAUCGUCAUCGUCUAGAGGUGGAUCCAAUAAUGCCCGACCCCAGGGAAACUUGGCCCUUAAACCUGUGUUAAGGGAGAGGGAGAAUGUCCAUAUUGUCCCAGAAGAGCCUCUCAGGCACAACCUCGCCGACUUGGUCGACAACGAUGACGACGUUGAACGAAAUGACGUGUUGUCUCCGAACAUCCAGUCUACAAGAAGCAUACCCAGCGGCCCAGCUUACAUGAAAUCGGGUGAUGGUCAACCUAGGUUUAGAGUUAAAUUGUUUAAAUCUAAACUAACACCCCAGUUCACUUCACAAAGUAACCAGUCCCAAUCCUCGCCCAUAAACACGUCACCUGAUGGUGGUAAUACUGACGUAGGGUUGUCGUCUUCUUUGGCAGGUGGUGGUGGUAGUGGUGGUGGUGAUAGCAGAGGAUACCUUGUCACGUCUGCUUCCCAAACCCAGUACACAAGAGCUCCAUUUCCGACUCAUUCGAAAGACAUUGUCCUAGAAGUUAGUGCCUCUGACGCGGACGACCACACUGGGAGGAUUUCUCCAGUCUCAUCUCCUGGUGGCAGUUUUAACCAGAGGCACACGGAUCAGUUCAGUAGCUCUCCCAAGCGAGCGAGUAUUCCCGAACUUCCAACAGGCGAAUACGUCUACACGCCGCAAUCAAGACAAGCCUGGAGCCAGCAGAGGAAAAGGUCAUCGAGUCAGUACCUCUCCUCGCCAAACUGAAUUUUGUAUUAAGGACACAAUAAAGUUUAGAUUCACGUGCAACGUGGUUCCCGGUCCAAAGCCCCUUGUAUGACUCUUAAUGCAUGUAUCUUCUCCAAUGCAAAAUGCCAGUACAAGCAUUUUUGUUGGUGCUUAAAUCUUUGUAACAGAGAAAGCACAGGUUGGAAAGUAUUCAAUACACAGCAGUCGUGCCUGCAUGAAUUUGGAGUCGAUGGUUGGUUGGUGAGGGGGGGGGGGGGGGGGGGGGGGGGGGUUGGGUUGAGAGAGGCAAACCGACAGAUCUUAGUUAUUAGGUAAGUGUUGCAUAUGGGACACUUACGAGCACCCCAUAUAAUUUCCCCACGCUUUGACAAAAUUGUGGAGGGGAAAAAUAUAUACUUUGACCUCCAACACAAAUGAGUCAAGGAGCAACUGCCUGUCACCCCCUCCUCCCCCCACCCAUCUAUGGCUCCGGCACCCCUGAUACACAGGCAAAAACUAAUGAAUGAUUUGCUGCUUAUUUCUAUGUAACUUACGUGCCCUGAAUAAACCUAAAUUUUUUUAUUAAUUUUUGACGAAUGUAGAUACGUACCUAUUCUAGAGAAUCCACAAUAUGACUGAAAUUAUAGAGGCCUUUAUCAAAAAAUAAAAAAUAAUAAUAAAAUGGCCAAAUAAUGUAAUAAGUGUAAAUAUCCAGUAUGCUUUCUCUGAAAUACUAUGUGAUUGUAAAUAUAAGAUAUUUUAUGUUUAUUAAAAUAUGAUUAUUUUAUAGUUUAGAUUGAAGUUAGUUGCAGACUUGCCAAACAUGUAUUAAAUUUUUGGAAUUAGGCUGCAAACAACAAAAGUUCUAGAGCAGUCACACAAUUUUUAGUGAGAAAAUUAAUAUCUUAAAUUAUAGUUAGAUGUUUGAUACAACUGCAUUUCUUUUGUUGAUAAAUUUUGUUACAGUAGGCACAGUAAUAUGUAUAUUAGUAUUAUACAACACCAUUUUUUAUGGUUGGUUCUGAAGGUGUUUGUUUUUUUUUGCGGUACAACUUAGGCAGCAUAUUAUUAACGUGUAAAAAUAAUGUAGUUAAAUUAGUAUAACAUUAAACUUUGAGUGACAUUUAUGCAAGUUUACAAAACAUUACCUUAAAUUAUUAUUUAAUGCAUGAAAAAUGUUUAAGAAUCAUAAAAUAUAUGUAAACUUUUUAAUUUUAAUCUUGCAAAUAUCACCAAAUUAUUUUCAUGGAAACCUUCGUAGCACCUACCUGCUGCACCUAAUUUAUUGAAUUAGCUAAUAAGUAUGAAUAAGUUCAGUUUUAUGAUUGGUACUAUAUAUAGUUUUGAGUCUCUGAUUAAAUAUUCCAUUUAGAGUACAAUAUCAUUAAUUUGACAGUUACUGGUAAUAUCUUAGCUUAAUAUAGCCCAAUAAUGAUCCUUUUGAUAUGCCCAGAUGUGCAAAGAUCAUAGAUAGUUUAAAUUUAAAAAUUGUUUGCUUUGCGGGUUGUUGGAGAAGGGGGAAUUGGGUGGAGUUGUGUCCUUCCACGGGGGAAAAGCAAGGAGUUAGAAAAUUUGUAACUUAUUUUCACAAGUUAUUGUUCAAAAUAGUUUUUUUUUACUUCAUAAAUGAUAUUGUUAAUUAUUGAAUGACACCAUGGACAAUCCAUCCUCCCCUCUCCAACAAAAAAAAAAAAGGUUGAAUUUCGAAAAAUGUCCACCCUUUCAUUUUAAGCUGGAUACGCUCUUGUUACUGUGGUUAAAAUCAAUUUAUAACUAUUCACGUGUUUUAUACAUACUGUCUAUUUUUUUAUCACAAAAAUUUUUAAAAAUCUUUUGAAUGUAUUUGUGUAAAAAAAACCUUUCAUGUUUUAUUUGUAUGCAUGUUCAGUAAUUUUUAUUUAUUUGUAAAUUUUUUAAUCCAUUAAAACCAUUUAUUCUGUAAGUUAUAUUAGUUUUAAACAGUGACUCACUUGUAGGUGUCUACUAUUAACCAGUGGCGUAGGCAGAGAGGAAGAUGGUGUCCCUGACAUCUUAAAAAAUCCUUAUAUAUAUAUAAUUGUAUAUAUCACCAAAAAAAACGCCAUAAUUUUAAAGCAAACUGCAGUCAAAGAGGUAUUAUCCCCUCCCCUACCCCAAAAGAAAUUAUAUGUACAGUAUUGUGUACAGCUAUUAACUAAACAGUUAAAUAAUAGAAUCACGGGAAAUUUAAAACCAUAUUAGCAAAAUUUAAUUUGUCGUAAAGUAUGCAGGUGUUGGUGCAAAAACUGUGACUGUUUCACUAAAUAACCUAGGAAAAAUUUUUUUUCGUCAAUUCUAAACAGCUUGGUGCAGGUAAGAGUUCGGAAAAUUUUAGCAGCAAGUAGUGUCAUUACAGUAAAACUUCGUUACAAAUGGUUUUUAUUUUGAAUUUUAUUAUCUGAUGACAAACCCUUUUCAUUUAAAUUCAUUUGGCGUAGGUAGCCUACUGAGGGUUACAGUAUGAACCUUUGUUUGGACAUCAAUAAAAAUGUUGUUUCAAUAAAAAAAGAUUAAGUCUUUAUGGUCAUAAUAUAAUACAAUGUAAAUUUUAAUAAAUGCAUUAUGAUACCAUCUAUUUCCUAAAGGUGAUGGCAAUACCAGGUUUUCUUUCAAAAAUGUUUAAGCUGUGUGGUAAAUACAUUUAAAUGUCUUUAUGGUUGGGCAUAAACAACAAAUAUUCAAAAUGCAAAUGUAUGUAUAAUAGUGCCUAGAAAAAAUUUAAUUUUAAUAAUGUUUCUGAAAUUCAUUUCCUUGUAAAAUACAAUUUAAAGAGUAUUCUUGACAUUAAAUUGGCAAAUAUUAAGUUAUUUUAGCUACAUACAUAAAGUAGGUAUUUGUAGUGGUUUUGUUUUAAAGUUUAAAUAUAUUUUGUAUUAAUAAUUUGUGUGACUUAGUAAAAUCGUUAACAUGCAAAAUUAGUAAGUAGAUAAGUUACAGUAAGUAGAUUUGUUCAAUGAUUUCCAUUAAAGAGCUAUUUACUUUUUUAAAACCAACAAAAAAUUGACUGUUUUUGAGCAAUAAAACAUUUUGUUAUUGUAAAAAUGGUGUGUAUUACUUAAUAGAAACAAUAACUAUUCACAAAUGAAAUAAAUGCUGUUCUAAUGAGUAUACCUAACUAUAACUACUUAAUUCAGUUCAAACUACAUAGUUGGUCUCAGUAUUGGAGAAGUCUUGCAAAUUUUGCAAUAAUGCAUUUUUUAGUUUUUAAAAUUAAUGUUUUAUGUAAAGGGCUUGCUGUAAGCUGUGUUAAUACCAAAAUAGGGAACGUCACUAAAAAUAAUUUAAAAAUUAAACUGUUUUGAAAAAAAUUGAUUACAAAAAAUUAAAAAUAUUUUGUUGUGUUACAUAGAAAAUUUGAAAGAUCCACAUUUACUUAUAAGUUUAAAACUAAAGAUUAUUCAGACUAAUUUAUUACAAAUGUUAUUUGUUCCAAAACAAUUUUUUUUGAAGGUUAUCAAUAGUAAAAACAUUCUGUUUUGUACAACUACCGUAGUAUAACAUACCUAUAAAAUGGUGGUCCAUGUUUACCCUCACAGGGAAAUUUGAGCAAAUAUUUUUAAAUAGUUUAUAUUUAUGCAAAAUAAUUGGCGAUAAUAUCAAUUUCCUAUUGAAUUGUGUCAUAGCCAUUUAAAGAUUGUGCCACAUUCCCAUCAACAAGUACACAGCACACAUGCACAGAAGUUGAACAUAUACAGACAACAGAUGCUACAUUGUAAUAGCACUAGCACAGGAAACCAGCAUGCACACGGCACACAUAAUAUUGUCCGAAUUAUAAAUUCCCCUAUCAGCAUACACUGUGUCAGCGAGGAGGCUUACAGUUCACAUGGAUGAGAUCCACACACAAAUAGUUCUGAAGUUGGUUCUCCAAAGUUUGCUGAUUGCUUGUGAGAAAACACAAUAGUCAAGGAUUUAUGUAUUUUAUGUUCGUAGAUUAUUUUAAAUAAUGCUAACCUAACCAAACAUUCAUUUUAAUUGAGAUAAGAUGACCUAACCUAACCUAACCUUUCACUUCGGUAAACUUCGGAACUGUUAUGUUUUUGGUUGUGGCUUUCAUCCCUGGGAACUAUCCAGUGGCAUAAGGUCGCUAGAAAUUGUUUUGAUAUGUUCAUAUCAAAGAUAACAAGUUAUACUAAUUUGAAUAUGGAAUUUAUUAGCGAGGCAGUGCUAUAUAGUCAGUCAUUCAUGGUAGUUUGUAACAAAAUCUCAUAAUUAAACAGUGGUGGAUGCAGGAAUUUACUUUGUGAUUCCAGGUAACAGCUCGUUGUGCAUCACCCAAAAUAAAAAACUGCCCCUUUACCAUAAUUAAGUACGGUAUAUAUUUUUUUGUAAUUUUAAGGAGGUACCUAUAUAUAUUAUCCCCGGACAAACCACCCCCCUCCCCCUUCCCCUUCAAAACUUCUCACGGCCCAACUCAGAACCAUCCAUUGAUCAAAAAUGCUUGUAUUUAAGUAAACAACUGCUUCAUGUAAUAAGUGACAAAAAUGAAAUGUUUGAAACUGUUAGAAGUAAAUAAGGGGAAAUAAACAGUUAUUUUGUUUUUUAACUGCUGUGUUGAUGAAGCUUUAACGUCUUUGCUGUGUAUGUGCGGCUGUGCUAUUUGCAUGCUGUUUGCGUGCUGAUGAGAAUUGAACUAAGGCUUUAAACUAAAAUGUUAUCAUCUUUUACGGCUAAACAGUUCUCUACUUUAUUUAUAGAUUGUCUGGACUAAAUAUUUUUAUGUUCUUAACAAUUGUUUUUUAUUUAAAUGCUGUUACAAAUAUGUGUGUAUAAGAGGAAGAAGCCAAUUUUUCCAAACUUGAAAAUGUCAUUUGUAAAAGAAAAAAACACUUCUAUUCAAAAAGUACUCAUGACGUAGUAUCGCUAGUUAAAAUAUAUUUUUUUUUUCUUAUGAAUAUUCAAAGGUGUAGCAGUAUAAACUUAAGUUUAAUUUCAAUAUAUUUUUUCCCCCAGUUUUCUCCCAUAAUGGAUUUAGAUGCUCAAAGAUUAUGUUUACAACAAAACUUACACUUGAAAAUAUAGUUCUCUUUUCAAAAUAAUAUUUUGUAUGCAAUAUACCUUAGAUAUAACACAUAAGCAUGGUGCAAGUAUCAUGUCUCUUCAAUACCAGAUAAUGAACAAAAAUUAAAAAUGUUUCAUAUGACAAGUUAGAUAGGCCUAUAUAUUUUCAAGGUAAAAAAAAAAACCUUUAUUUACUACUUAGGCCAAAUAUAUAUACAACAAUCAUUGCAGUACCUCAUUAACUAAUUUAAGCAGGGUGACAUUAAUUUUAUAGCUGUACCUGAGAAAAAUUACAAUCUCUUUGAUGACAGUUUUGUACUUUUGGCACUUUUAAUCUAAAACACUUAUGGAUAUGUAUCAUUAUUGAUAUAGACGUGCCAAUCAAAACAUAAUAGGUACAUAGGUACCGUACUGUUUAGUUUCAUGGAUUUCAAAAACCACUCCAGAAAUCCAUAAAAAAAAGAAAUUAUAGAAUUAAAGUUUUAAAUAGUAGUUCUGUUUAUUUGUAAGUUUUAUUGUUUUUGUAAGAUAAUUCUGUUUAUUUGCAAGUUUUGUUUUCUUUGCAAGUUCUUUUUGUCUUUUUUUCUCUGCCCUCUUCUUCCAAAAAUGUUUGCACCUCUCCAGACAUUAACACCUAAACACACAAUUAUUAAAUGCAAAAGAUUUCAACAAGUAAAUUCAGUGCAAUAUUAAUUGAUGUAAUACUUGAAUGCAUAGCUGCCUUUCAAAAAAAUAUUAAAACAAUUACAUUCAAAAGUUUUUACAAAAACAAUACUUCUUUUCUAAGCAACCAACAAACAAUUAAGAAAUUAUAAUCUGUCAGCCCUGAUUUUAUUUUUGCCAUAACAUAAGGUAAAAAACCAAUACACUUUUGAUAAAUGUGUUGCUUAAAAAAAAAUAGUUAUUGGUACCUAUAUAGGUAUAUAUCAAAAUAAAUCAAUCUAUAUUAAGAAAAAAUCAUGUUAAAAAAUUAAUUUUUGUUAACCGAUACAUGAUACCUACUAAAAAUGUACAUCCCCAUGUAUUAUGCCAUGUCUGUACUCAUAAAGUUUUUUUUUUACUUGCAAAUAUGUUAAAUUUCAUACACUUUCUUUAUCCCUAAAAACUAACACAAGCUCCCAAAAUUUAUUUCAUGCAAAGUCAGCGAAGUCAUUAGAGAUGGAGACGAACAAAACAUUACAGCCCAGUUUAGCUGGAUUGGGAAAGAAAAAAAAAGUGGUCGAUGAUAACGAACAAUUUUCCCUCCACUUCAUUGAAUCCCCCACAGGACAAAAAAAACAUAAAAAUCUGGCUUGCUACACCAGUCAGAAUGAGGAUCUAUUAUUGUGACACCUAACUCAUUAAUAGUAUAUUUAAUAAGUAAAAAAUUUUUUUGUGGAAUUAUAAUAAUUUUGUCCCACUUUCUUAAUGCACCCUCAAAUUCAGAAAUUUGCUUUUCACCAGGCAAAUUUUAGUCUUCAGAAAAAGUAGAAAGUGCUUCAGAAAAAGUAGAAACAACGUUAGAAAAUGUAGAAAUGGCUAUAUGGAAGGAAUAAUGUAGUUGGUAAACAGAUGUAACCUUUUUUUAUAAACUCACUAUUAUUGACAUGUUAACAAGAAAACAUACGCAAAAGAAAAAAAAAAUCUAUUGGUUGCCUUAUCUUAUGAUUGUUACUACAUGUCAUUUUAUUAAAAGUAUAUCAAAAUUACAAUUAGCUGAUUGCAAGCUUUCAUUGUUAGCAAGAAAUUUUUUUUUUUUGUGUUCUCUGAAUUCAGAUAGGGUGAUCUUUAUUUGUUGUGUUCCUUUACCAAAAGUAAUAAAUUUUAAUCUACAUAAA